GAAAGGCUUAGUGUUUUUGUUUACGUUUCGUAAGCGAGUGAAUCAAUUCGGUGCGCCCAAAAAUGUACUCCGCAAUUAAAGUUUUUCGGCAUACCAAUAGACUAAAUAGCCAUUUCCGGAGAUUAUUAUCUUCAGAUGCGGUUGAGAAAGUUCCCAUCGUCACGAGUCGUCAAUCCAUCCAACAGUACGAAGAUGACUUGGAGAAGCAAUUCAAGCAAAUGCUACGCGACGAUGUUCGAUCAGUGCUGGAACCGGUUCCGGAGCAACAAUCCGUGGAAGUUUAUCCUCAUACGCGGCCGGCUUUCAAUUUCGCGGCUUAUGUGAACAAAUCCGAAACGCUGCAAAAGCUGGUUCAACUCGGUGUGGAUUUACAUAAACUGGAGAAACGGAAGGGAAUCCCGCAGUUCUUGCUCCAGCUGGAUUUCGAAAAGGAUAUGAAGCAGCACUUGAUGUUCCUGGCAGACAUUGGCGUUAAUCCGACCGAGUUGGGUGAGGUCAUUACUAAAAAUCCCUUGCUAUUCAAGGAGGAUCUCGGAAACAUGGAAGUCCGAAUCAACUAUCUCGAAUCGAAGCGAUUCGUUCCGGAGCAAAUAACGAGAAUAGUAACGAAGAACCCAUUCUGGCUUAUGAUAAGCACCCGGCGAAUCGAUAGGCGAUUGGGAUUCUUUCAAAGGACCUUCGAGCUGGUGGGCAAUGAGGUUCGCUCGCUGACGGCCAAACAGCCAAGGAUUAUAACAUACAACCUGGAACACAUACAGAAGAGUACCUUCUCGAUCAAAGAGGAGAUGGGAUUCGAUCAGACGGAGAUGAAAACUCUGUUGCUCAGCAAGCCUAAGCUGUGGCUGAUAAAUCAAGAUAAGCUCCUACAUCGCUUUGACUAUGUCCACCGAAGGAUGCAAGUUCCUCAUCGGGAAAUACUGAAAACUCCGGAAAUCUUGGAAUCGCGAGAUCAUCGCAUAAAACAGAGGCAUGGAUUCUUGAAAUUUCUCGGAAAAGCACAGUAUGACCCACAGAAGGAUUUGUACAUUUCUCUCAAAUCACUGGUGGAAGGUACCGAUGAAGAGUUCGUUAUCCAUACGGCCAAAUCGAAUAUGGAAUGCUUUGAAAACUAUUUGAAGACAUUGUAGUACAAAGUUUUUUGUUUAGAUAAAUUAUAUGAAUAAAACAACAGUUUUCCUUUUUGCUGUCGAGGAGCAAUUUGAA